GAGCUACAGCUUCUAUACUGCCAGUAUUCCUCUGUGGGAUCCGAGACCAGGAGGUGACAAAACAGCCACCAUGAGCCAAGUGACAAUCAAGGACCUUGAAGUCCUCAACUGUGAAUAUGGCAAGAAUACMAUUAAGUUCCUUCGCCUUCAUAAAGAGGGAAAGAAGGAGUUUGUUAAAGAAGUGGAAGUGUGUGCACAUCUCCGGCUGACUUCUCCUCAGGAGUACCUGGAUGGAAACAACUCUCUUGUGAUACCUACAGACACCAUAAAGAACAUUGUCCUUGUGUUGGCCAAAAAAAAUGGGAUCCCAAGUUUAGAACAAUUUGCCAUAGAUAUCUGCAAUCACUUCAUGACAACAUUUUGCCAAGUGGGGUACGUCAAAGCCUACGUUCAAGAAGUACCAUGGCAACGUCUGCAUGAGGAUGGCGUUCCCCACAUCCACUCAUUCAUAUGUGUUCCUGAUGGGAUCCGCUUUUGUGAAGCUGAGCAGUGCCGGAACGGUCCUCUCCUUGUCUUUGCUGGAAUUAAGGACCUGAAACUUAUGAAGACAACACAGUCUGGAUUUGAAGGCUUCUAUAAGAAUGAACACACCACACUUCCUGAAAGACAUGACAGGAUUCUAUGUGGAGAGCUCUUCUGCAAAUGGUCAUAUGGCGAAUGCAAGGAUUUUGACUUUAACUGCAUAUGGAAGAAAAUCCGUGAAUGUAUCCUUGAAGCCUUUGCUGGACCACCUGACUGUGGGGAAUAUUCACCCUCUUACCAGAAAACUGUCAACUGUAUCCAGAUGCAUGUCCUUUCCAGAGUGUCACAGGUUCAGGUCAUAGAAGUCGUCUUGAACAACACUUUUUAUAAUGUUGUAGACAUGAAGAAUCUAGGCUUGACCAAUGACAAAGAAGUUUUGGUUCCAGUGGAAGCUCCUUAUGGUUCCUGUGCUUGCACACUUGGCAGGAAGAAGUUUUUUGAAGCACAAGGCCAUAUGAUGAGAGAUGAGAGGAAAUUUGGACUGGCAGCUGCCCAGGGAAACUAAACCGCUUGGCUAUACUCACACCUUCCUGAUAAACUUAACAGCAUGGCUUUCCUAUCAAUGUUUACUCCUUAUUGGCCUCUUCCAUUGCUGACUACUUUUCCCUCUAUAAACUCCUGAAUAUGGGAUUUAUAAAGGACCCUCAGGAAAUCAGAAAUCGAAGUCUGUCCCUGAACUUCAGUGUGAUUUCCAGACUGAAAUCCCCCAAGCUCUUUGGAAAAUCCUAGCCAGAAACAUUAUAGUCAAUGAAUUUUUAAACUGGCUAUUCCCAGACCUUUUAAUGAAACAAUAAAUUUGAUAUCUGUAACAUGUUUCUGACAUGCAAAAUCAGCAAAUCUCUAUAUUCCAUUUAUUAAUAUUUCUUCAGUUUCAUUGACAUAAUCUGUCAUGACCCCUUCACGCCACACUGAUCUACAAAGCUGAAGUUCUGACUCAGUGACUGAAAAGGCAGUCAGAAUCAGGAUUUCUUUGCACAGGAAAUGAAAAACAACAAAAAAAGUGUCUCUCAUAUCUCCUUUGUGGUGUGAAUAGUUACAGCUGUUGACUACUUUCUCUGCAUGUAUUCUGACUGCAUGACUACUACUGCUACUCAUCAGACUAURGUUACUAUAGUAGUUUUACAUUAAUCACUGAGGUGGUUUGAGGGUUUGGGCUGUCUCUGUAGUCUUAAAUAAACUGUUUCCUUUAGUCUAAUAAUCUUAUAACUUCUGAGCAGGCAGGAGUCAACCUAUGUAGCCCUAUUACAUUUGGGAGGGGUACUAGCAUGCGUAUUUUAAGUUAGAGUAAAUGAGACAGUGCAUAUUUUACUUUAGUUACCCCAGGUGAUAGCUUUGAACAUAGAGGUAAAACAACUCAGUCAACGAUUCUCAUCUCACAAACUGUGGCUACCACAUUUGYAACAGGAAUCCUGUCAGCUUCUGACAGCUUCUAACCCUUGCUCUCAUUCUCUCCAAGUGUCAUUUUCAUAGACUCCAUGUGACAGGGUACAAAUCCAAUGGGAAGUGCCCAAAGAAACUUCUAAAAACUGCAGUUCAGUUGCCUUUCACCUCCUGAGUUUGGCAGAUAGGCAGCAUUGCUUUGGGUACAAUCAUUAAAUUCACAAGCACCAAAAAUGGGGGACAUGUCCUGCACUGUGUGACAUUUUGAGGUGCUUGCAAGAUAGAAACUCGCCCUGGUGAGCAGGGCAUUAUGGAUGCAUGGGGAGAACUGUCCACAAACCUGAGCUAUCUCCUGAACAACAGGAAAAAUGACAGCACAGAGUAAGCUGUCCCACAUAUGAUGAUCUCUGGUCACCAGSCAAUUCUGAAAGCUUUAUUUACAACACUUCCAGCUUUUCCUGGGAACAUUCUUGCUUACCUUCUUAGAUUGUGUUGUAUUGUACUUGUGGGCUUACAUCUUACUACUUCUGUCACUACUAGGUGCUUUUAAUUUAUUAAUGUACCUUUUAAAGGCAAAUAAAGAGCAACAUCAAAAAACAAA